AGCCCAAAUAAGUUUAGGCUCAACAUGGGUGGCACUCUAUACUUUAAUUCUCGUCAUACUACUGAUGUCGUCCUUAAGAUCAGAAGGACACUACUUGGUUUUUUCUUUUGACAUCAUCAGUUCUUCCUAUGGUUACUCUACCUGCUGCCUUAUGAUGAAUGAGUAAUGGAGUGUUGAAGGUGCAAAUUGUUAGCGUCAAGAGGUGGUUUUUCUUUUGUCUUAUUAAGCAAAGCAUAUUACCAUCUCGAUUGAGAUAUUGUCUGAACCGAAAGGCAAUUCUUGCCUAUGUUAAUAGUUUCAUCAGUUUGCAUCUCUAUUCCAUUGUGCUCCAUCUAGAACUUGAUGUAUCUGUUUAUGUUCAUUUUGAGUAGUAUGCUGUGUGUUGCCAAUUCUGUUAAGCCUAUCAAUCAUUGUUCUGCAUAAAGAUAGAAGUUGAUCCUCUAGCCCUGUCUAUUCAUCUGAACUAGAACAACUCAUUUAAGAGUUAACUGCUCUUUUCAUGCAAUUGUUAGAAAAGAAAGAUAAUUCAUAUUAUCAUUCAGUGUAUGUAUGAGACUCUCUCUUUCAGUAGUCUUCUCAGCAUGGUUUGAAAUCUUGGUUGUAUUCGAUAAAGUGCACCAUUUAAGCUUCUUGUAGCAUUGGUGCCAGUAGAAGUAGAUAACAUUAUACAAAUUUUAGAAAAUAUAUACAUAAAAUAUCUAGUUUGCUGCUAGUAGAGUAACCUGCAGAGAUUAUUAGAACUACUAUAUGUUCAUAAGAAAUCUUGCUAUCAUCCUGUAGUUGCUGAAUGAUUCUAGCUAUAUCUGGGUUUAUGAACCUUUUAAUAUGCAAUUUUUUACUCAACAGGGUGUUAUUGAGGCAUUAAAAGCUCUGCGAUUGCUUUCCAAGUUUCUCUGUGAGACAAUGUUACCUUGAAGAUUGGGAUUUGUUCUAAUAUGCUACCUGAAUCGUUAUCGAUACGAUGCAGGGCUCAAGGGUGUGGCCUAGUGGUUAAUGAAUUGAGUGGAGAACCAUGAGGCAUGAAGUCUCAGAUGGGAAGGUAAUGAUGGAGUAUAUUGGAGCAACAGGCAAACCAAUAACAUUUGAUGAUGUUCCAAUUGAUGAAGGAAUUGACUUUCAUUUCAUUCUUAGUUUUGCUAUUGAUGCUGACUCUCUAGGGAACCCACAAAAUGGCAAAUUCUCACCAUAUUGGGCAUCAACAUUAACCCCAAACUCAGUUGCAUCAAUUAAAUCCAAAUACCCUAAUGUCAAAGUCUUGGCUAGCCUUUCUGGUUGGAGUAUUGGUUCAAAAGUCCUUAUCUGGUACAAGCCUAUUGACACUCAACAAUGGAUAUCAAAUGCAUUCACUUCCCUCAAAUCAAUUGUCAACACAUAUAACCUUGAUGGAAUUGACAUUGACUAUGAGAGAUUCCCAAAACACAAUGAAAGUUUCUCUUAUUGCAUAGGAGAAUUAAUAACUCUCUUAAAGAACCAAAGUGUUAUAUCUAUAGCAACAAUUGCACCAUAUUAUAGAACAAUUUUACCAUACAUAGAGUUAUACAACAACUAUGGAGAAUCAAUUGACUAUGUAAAUCAUCAAUUUUAUACAGAUAAAGUUAGUACACCAAGAGGUUAUUUGAAGGCUUUUGUUCUAAGAAGUGAACAAUUUAAUAAAGAGAAAGUAAUUCCUAGCUAUGAAGUGGAUGGAAGAGGAAUUCAAGGUGAUGCAUUUUUUGAUGCUUUGAAAUUAUUGGAAACUAAUGGAUUUCAUGUUAAUGGUGCAAUGAUUUACUCUGCUGAUGCUUCAUCUGAGGAUAAUUACAUUUAUGAGAGGAAAAUUCAAGCAUUUUUGUUAAAUUCUACUAGUGUAUGAAGUAUAUUGUUAUUUUGUAAUUUGUAAUAUUGAAGA